AUGAGUUCGUUCCCCGACGAGAUCAAAGAGUGUGUCAAUUGGGUGAAUGGACAACUUCCCGAUGAAGAACCCAUAACGGACGUUUUAACUGGGCUUUCCGAUGGGACGAAAUUGAUACGAAUAGUUGCGAAGUUGAGUGGGAAAAAAGCACUCAGAUAUUCAUUAACAGCAAACACCCCUUUUCAAAAGCAACAGAACAUGGCGGUGUUAUUAAAGAUGACUGAGAUGGCAUAUGGAACGAAUGUGUCCUAUGACGCCGGGGACUUAGCAAGAGGGAAUGAAGGGCAAUUACUUUCACUUGCGUUUUAUAUUGGACAAAAGAGUGGGACGCGUGUUCCGAAGAGGAAAACCCUGACCAAAGCGACAUCAAUUGGCCUCAAAAAUGUGCAACCGAACGCCAACGAGCAAGUGAGUAAAAAUUCACCACUGCGACAAACAUCAGACGUUGCGUUGAAUCACACGGAAAAGACACAAAACAAAAACAACACAAAUGGAGAUGAAACUGACAAAAUGGAAAGGUCCCCACGAUCACCAAGAAAAGUGGUGAUCGACGUGGUACCCGCUUUACCAGAGAAAAGGUACCAUAACAUUAGUUCAAGUAAAACUGUAGUACAAACACGAGACAUAAAAGAGACUACAGACUCAACGGACGAUGGCUUGGAUAUCCCAGUCGAUGUCAUUGAAACCACUUUGACUUCACAGGGCGUCAAAGAGAAGUCUCAAACUGAUUUGGAGGAAGAAAGUCCAAUCAAAAGCGACAUGACGGAAAGCACCGAAAAUAAUGAGGAGGGAAGUGCACAUUAUUCACUCUAUGAUGAGAUAGAAGUAUUGGGGAAAUAUGACACCUUUAUGGAGACGAAUAAGUGCACGACACCGACAGUGUCUGAAUCGUCGUACGUCCAACCAAUUGUCGACACGAGUUCGAUGUGUACUGUAAGUACUGGUGUUGUUGAAAGUGAAGCUUUACAUCAAGAGACACCACCGUCACAAUUGGAAGAUGUCCCACCACCGACCCCGACACUCCCACAACGCCCAAAAAGGAUGUUGGAAUCCUCGAUGAAUAAAUUGUGUCAAUCAUCACCGAGUGCUGGAUGUAAAUCGAGCAGAGAAGCAAGUUUGAGUAGCGGGACUUCUCGAAUGAGUUUUAUGAGUGAAUCUGGCUCCGGGGCGAAACGCGACAAAAUUGGGAAAUCGCCGAGAGACACAAUCUCACAAAUGCCAGAGAUGUCAUAUGACCAAAAGACGUAUCUAGAGGAGGAUGUCGAUAUAAUAAAUAAGUACUGCAGGGGGUAUCUUGGGAGACUGAAGGCAAAGCCAACGAUGAAGAUGUUGAGCCAACGGCGGAAUGUUGUCCUUGAAAUAUUGAAUACCGAAAGGAUUUAUGUUAGUCGACUGAAACAGUUUUUGGAAUUUUAUUUGGCAAAAGCAUUACAAAUCUUCCCUGGCGAUUCGAUAUUGAAGAAAUGCGAAGAAAACCUACGCGUCAUUGUGGGGUACAACGGCAAUUUAUUAAAAGAGUUGGAACAGCUCCAGACGGAAGGGAAAAUCUAUGGGGAGGGCAUAGGAAAGUCGUUUGAGAAGUUAUCACACUUCUUAAAGACAUACUGCAGCUAUAUCAACAGCACUGACGCGAUUAAUGAACACGAAGAGAAGCUCAGAAGGACGAAGAAGGAGUUUGAAAGUCAAAUGAAGCAGACGCAAUUGGAGAACAAGUUGGAGACGUUCAACUCGUAUGUCAUAUUGCCCGUUCAGCGUAUUCCAAGGUAUCGACUGUUACUCACCGAGUUAUUAAAAACGAUGACUCCACAACACGGAGAGUAUAUUGCACUGGACAAGUCAUUACAACAAAUUAUCGAAGUUGGGAGCGCGGUGAAUGAAACCAAGAGGACGAUGGAACAGAAGAACAUCGUCUCGCUUGUGUUUUCGAAGUUCAAGUAUCCCACGGGGAUGCAACAGAUCCAACCAGAUGCGGCAUGCAGUUUUGUGCGGAUUGGGAAUAUGGAGUUACUCGAUCGGGAGAAAGGGAAGCUGAAGAGCGUCACUUUAUUGUUAUUUAGUAACAACGUUGUAAUCACAAAAGUGCCAACGACAGGAACUUUACAUAAAGGGAAAUUGAAAGCAGACUCGAUCGAGACGAUUGUGGAGAGUAAGAAGUCGCUUACUGUUGAGUAUGUGAUACCCAUUGGUUCAUUUUGCGUGUUAGACAGUGCCGACUUUAUGCUGGGGUCUGGGGGGUUAAGCGAGCGAGCGCCAAGUUUCAAAAUUGUCACCAAAGACUUGUUAACGUUCCAAUUUUGUACGCUUACGGAGAGCGAAAAGAACUCGUGGCUUGUUGAUUUGGAUUCCCAAGUUGCGUUGGUACAAGAAAGAGCCUUAAUAGGGAUCAGAGAGUCGAAUAAGAAUAUCAUCGAAUCGUUGUAUGAUGCGUACAGGUCACAAUGGUCAGAAAACACGAUUAAAAUGCCGUGGUGGCACUCGGAUUUGAUGGGGGAGGAGUGCAUGAUCUUUGCGAAUGGAUAUGUAGCGACGUUUGGGAACGCGCACGACGCUUUUGCGAGACAGAACAUCAGAAACUACUUUGUGACAAAAUACACGUCGGUUGCGUUUAGUGGACAGAAGACGAUUACGCUUGUCAAUUUUGCGAGGAAAGAAAAGCCACGUGUUGUAUUAGAACUGAACACAACGGCAGAAGCGUUGAUGUGGGUAUUUUUGUUGCGACAGAGCUUUAUCGGGUUUUAUGAUCCAAAUGAAAUCAAUAUGGCCCUCUUCUCGUGCGCAGAGAAUGACUUGCCAGCACUUCCACCCGAGGAAGUUGUCUUUGCAAUAACAGAAAAUGCAAAGAACAGAACGUGUGCGGAUUGUGGGGACACCGCUGUGAAGUACGUCGAUAUGACUUUUGGGUGUUUCGUAUGUAGUGACUGUGGGAGAAUACAUCGAUACUUUACGAACAAACCACAAGUCUGUGCGCCUAAAAUACUUGGAGACAAAAGUCUGGUGGACUUAAGACUGUUAAUACAGAAGGGAAAUGACUUUUUGAACGAAGAGUUGGUGGUCGGACAAGGCCUCCCAACGAACCCGGCAGAGUAUGACGGGGAUUUGAACCAGUAUUUGUGGAAAAAGUAUAAACAAGAGGGGGAAGCGCCAAAGUCCAUCAUUCGAGAAGUUGGGAAGAAAACAGGGACACUAAGGAGAGACGAGGUGAAUAAAAUCAGAGCGAAAAGAGGAAUGGAAAGAAGAAGCACUUUUUCUGUUAUUGAAGAAGAUAAGAAAAAAAAGUAG